GUUGGUCAGCAUGUGCAGGUGUCCAUUGUCAUGUAGUGGGGGCAUCUGUGUCCCAUGGACACAUUUCUAGUUAGUCUUGUAAUAUUAUGACUACCGGAAAAAAAGGUGAGUUUGUUAAAACUGUUGAACUUAUUAGUUAAAGUUAAAGGCAAACUCUUAACAGACUUUCAGAGAUGGAAAUAGUGUAGGUUUCAUUAUCUGUCAGAUUUUGUAAGCAGUGUUCUGACUGUAAGAAAUUCAUUACUUUAUCAUCUUUUUUUCUUCAUCAUAAAAUGUCUUCCUAAGUUUUUGCUUAUUACAGGCUGCUGAAGAGAUUUUUGAAGUACCUGAUGCCAAAUUACUUGCGUGUCGUAGUGGAGGAUCAAACCGUUUUGGGCUGGUCAAUAAGCAACUGAAAUGUAUAAUCUGCAAGAAGGAAUGUGAACAUUCCAGACUUUGUAAAGAUGUUAGACAGAGAGGAGCUGAAAGCAGUUUUUAUGAACUGAUGGAAAACCUUUUGUCUGCUGAAACUGAUAAUGAAUCUAAACGAGAAUUCAGCUAUAAAAAGGCAGUAAUUUCUUUUAAAAAAAUUCCAUAUAAGCGUUCUGAAACACUUUGUGAAGGGUUGAAAAAUCUUGGUAACUGUACAGUGUUGGAAGACAUUAUUCUGCCAGAUCUGGACACAUGUCCCAAUUGUCAUGAAAACUUGUUGAGUGGUGAUCCUGUUUUGGAGGGCUGGUUAGCAUAUGAGAAUGCAGUCAUAGUCACAAACACUUCCUUAAAAAAUGCUCAAGUGUACUACAGACCUUGCCAAGCUUGUGGUGUUGCAGCAGUAUUUGAAGGGCAAUCAAAAUGCUUACUCAACCUUGGCACAUAUCUUGUUGGUUAUGACGUGUUGAGGUCUUACAUGCAUAGUUUCCUUCAUGGCAGGAGACCCAUGUAUACAUUUUACCAGACCUGGUGUGACAUACACCUUGAUUAUGGUAAUAGUAAAAUUCAAGAGGAAUUCUCCUAUCAGAAAUUUCGCCAUGCAUGGCAUACCUUUCUCAGUCUACUUGAUAUUGAUUACAAUGAGGGUUUUUCUUGUCCUGAUUGUGGUGAUGAUGGUCCAGAUACAGUAAUAUGUGAUGGAACAUCCCUCUCCUUUCAGCGAAGGAUGUGGAACUGGGGAGACGACUCCGAAGAAAGUGAAAAGAAGUUGUCAUCUGCAAGUUUUUCCGAUCGCAUAUUCCUGGAGGAUGCAGUCACACGUAAUCUACUCAAGCGUUUUACAGCUGAUUCUGUUCGUGGUGUUAAGUUAAAACCGCUUCAUGAAUUGGAAAAACAUAAGCUUCUAGCAUCCUUGAAACAAAAAUCCAAACCAUUGUUCAACAUUAUCAAUGAAAUAGAUGGUGAUCCGGCACUGUUACCAAUUUAUAGAAAGUUUUUAUUCAGUCUGGCUUCGCCAUCGCCAGUAUGUUCUUUUAUUAGGCCUUCUGAGUCUGUAGAGUCCUUAAUAAAAGCUAUAGUUUCCGGCAUAAAUAUAAGAGAAGAACCAUUGAUGUGGAAAAGUAUUCAUUCUUCUAUUCCUGUAGUUUUUGAAGUGUUUGAAAAUCAAGGAUUUACUGAUGAUAUGAAACUGUUGCUUAGAGAACUAUGGAACAUAGCUGUACUCCCAUUUAUAUCUGCCCAGGAAGACGUAGAAAAAACGACUGUUACCUACCAUCCAGAUGACGAGUUAUCCUUUUUUCCAAGUUUGCUGAAAUAUAGAAACAGGGGUCAUUUUGAAAAGGAUGUUUCAAGAGUGAAGAGAAAUGAACAGUGCAGUAAAAAGUAUGCUGGUCAUCCUAGUCUUCUUCCAGGAGUCUUCACACUGUUUUGUCCACAUGGUAUAUGCUAUGGUUUUCAAGUGAUGGCAUCUAAUGAGUCCCCAAAUGUUCCAUUUACUAUUUUGAGAACUAGAUUCAAACAGGCUCCUAGACGUGUCAUAUAUGACAAUGCAUGCAAGCUACAGGAGUACUGUCUCAACAGAGAUCCCCUCUUUUUUAAAGAUACAGAAUUUUAUGUUGAUAGACUACAUUGGGAUAACCAUACCAGUUGCAGCUAUGGAUACAACUUGUCUUUGUAUCCAGAACUAGAGAAUCUUAACAGCCAGUGCAAUGAACAGGCCAAUGCUGGAUUAAAAAGAAUAAAGGACCAACUUUCUUAUAUGACAGCAUCAAAUUUUAUGACACAUUGUGCAUUCUAUUUAAGACACAAAAACAUGUGCAAAUUAAAGCUUUAUGCCUUCGAUGAGGUUAUUACUGGUGAAAAAAUUUCAUUUGCAAAAUAGUGAAAACUUCUAAAAUUUCAAGACAUAAAUAUGAAUUUUGUGAACUGUUAUUGAAAAGGACAUAUAUGUUAUUUUGUUAUUGUCUGUUUUGCGUUGCUUUUUUGGUAUAAAACGAUGGAAAACAGUGUUUUUUUCUGUUAAUUUUAAUGUGCUACUUUAUGCAAAGUGCUCUUGAUAAAGAAAUCCCUGAUAUAUUUUAUGAACAUUGCUUUGUUAGAGAAACAGUUAAAUGAAUUUAAGCAAGGAAGAAGUAGAAAAAAGAUCUGAAGGCUACAAUUUAAAGUUCCAAGGAUCUGUUAAAAAUACUGACAUAAACUGAAUGGAGAUCAUAUAAAACAUAUCAAAAAUCACUUUGAUAAUGUUCAAGUUUAUAUAUUGCAUAUUAUAUCAAUAUUAGAUGGCUGAUAUAGUGAUAGUAAAAUCAUGAACUUGAAGAAAUAAUGUCUACCGAAACAGAAUGAUUUGUAGCUCGACUAUACGAAGUAUAUGGAGAGCUAUCCUACUCAUCCUGGUGUCUGCUUCUUUCUGCUCCUGACCUUGAUUUAAGUUUUUACACUUUCUCUUUUUUUCUCCUUAUGUCUGUAAAUACCUGAUAAAUUUUGUUUAAAACUUCAAAUAGUUAUUCCUCAUCGUCAUCAACAUCAUAUGGCACAAGGGCCAUAACUCUCACACCAAUAUUUCAUUAAUUGUCACCCCUGUUUACUUAGAAUUUCACCUUUUUUUGGUGCACUUUCACUCUGUCUCAAUUUUCACCAAAUGGAUUUGAUUCAAAUUUAAAACAGUUGUUCAACAUCAUUACCCACAUCAUAUGACACAAGUUGCAUAACUCUUGCACCGGUAUUUUUACUUGAAAUUUAAAGUUUAAGUUUUGGUGCACUUUCACUCUAUCUCGGUUAGAACUAAAUGAAUUUGUUUCAAACUUAAAAUAAUUGUUCCACAUCAUCAACAACAUCAUACAACACAAGGUUCAUAACUCUGGCACAAAUUUUUCAUGAAUUAUCCCCUUCGAAUUUCAGGUUAAAGUUUUGGUGCACUUUCACUCUAUAAAACUUAUUACUGUAUGGAUUUGAUUCGAGUUUAAAACAGUUGUUUCACAUCAUCUCCCACAUCAUAUGACACAAUGUCCACAACUAUGGCACAAAUUUUUCAUGAAUUAUCCCCCAUUUUUACUUAGAAUUUCAGAUUGAUGUUUUCGUGCAAUUUCACUUUUUCUCAGUUAUGGCUGAAUGUAUUUGAUUCAAACUUAAAAAAGAUUUUUCCACAUCAUCAUUAUCCACAUCAUAUGACAAGGUUUAUAACUCCGGCACAAAUUUUUCAUGAAUUAUUCUCCCUUUUUACUUAGAAUUUAAGGUUAAUUUUGAUUAAUUUUCACUAUAUAACCCUUAGUACUUAAUGGAUUUGAUUCAAACUCAAAUAGUGUUCCACAUCAUCACCCACAUCAUAUGACACCAAUAUUUCAUGAAUUAUGCCCCAUUUUUGCUAAGAAUUAUACUCAUUUAAUGGUUUGAUACACUUUAUCUUCAUCUCUCUUAUCACUUAAUACUUUUAAUACAGACACAAGCUAUUGUCCAAUAUCUUCAUCCACAUUGGAGUCAUUAAACACUCCAGUAAAUGUAUUCACAUACAGUAAAAACUCGCUAUUUAUACUGCUCAAGAGACUGGAAAAAUGUUGUUUGUUAAGCCAGGUUGUCUCAUAUUGAGUUUCAUGACCAUUUCUUUAAACAUACUGUUCUUUAAAAACAUAGUGUAAUUAGCAAGUGGUCUCAUUAUCGGGAGUUUUUAAGCGAGUUUCUACUUCAUUGAUUUGAAACUAGCUACGUAAGUUUUGUGUUGGAAAAGUCUGUGUGUUUUGCUAUGUUAAGGUCACAGUUACUAAAACUAGAAAUACAGUCCUUUGAAAUAACUUCCUCAAGGUAUGUGUUUCUUACUUGGUUUCUGCUGAUUAACUUCUGAAAUGUCAGAAGUGUCAUAAAUUUUCUCAUUUCAGCGAAGUGACAGUGGUGAAGUAUUAAGAAACUUUUAUGAUGUAACAAAUAAUACAGUUAUUAAAAUUUCUUUGGGGACAGGGAGCUUCCCUGACCGAAUGGCACUUUCUAAUUUAUUAUUUUCAGAAAUAUUGUUGUACUAGUAUUUAAUAGGCAUUAUCAUUCAAAAAGGAUAUUAAUAUAAUAGUUGUGCAGACUUCCAAAUAAAGGUUUUCACAAAA